UCAGUCUGACUUGACAGCUCGAGCAGCCAGGGUCCUGUCUAAGUCUAAAAUUAGGGAGGCACCCCGACGCAAAUGACGCCAGGAGGCUAAAGUGUCCAGUGCGCUCGUGUGUGCGCGCCAGCGGUGACAGGACGUCGGCCCAUGGAAACGUCCCACACAACUGUGCUGUUGUUGAUGACAUGAGGGGUAUUUUUAACCGCUGUUGUCAUGUUUUCGUAACAGCCCGGCGGUGGCGUUCAGUAUAAAGGACUCUUUGAAAAUGCAGUUGUACAACAGUGCGCUGACACACUACCCGAAGUCCUCCCGCAAACUCACCAUAACUUUAUCGGCCGGAUCCGAGCGUUUGAACGGGACUGCACCGAGUUCCCCCGAGCCUGAAACGCCCGGACUCGCACCAGCGGACCGAACUUUAGCGGCCAACGAGGAUCCGGUGAGAGAGAGCGCUUCUUCCGCAAACAUGCCUGCGUUUUCUUGUUACGAAGCUGCGCCUUUGAGGCCAAUUUACUUCACGUCCACCGCCGAAAUACUGAUCCGCAGGCCCGACGGAGUGGAGCGGUCCGUUCCCGUCCACAUCGUGACAGAGUCCAAAGCCAAACCGCCCUCUCCUGACGCACAUCACGUGGACGGUGUCUUCUGUAAUGACUCUGAUGUGAUACAGGUAGUGAGUUUGAUAGAUCAUCUGCGUAAUGGGGCAGACGGGCUGUUCUCCGACAGCCCAGAGCUGGUUGGAAACCACCUUUUCAGCCCCGAGAACGACUCCGAACCAAGAAUAGAGGAACGCGCGAGCGACGUGGGACGUUCAAGCGAGGAUGCAACGGCUCCGGCGACUAACGCUCAUUUCAAAAGCAAUGGAUGGGACCCGACGCACGAGGAGCCGGUUUCCCCCCACGCAGAUGGACCUGAAGCGGUCGCCCGCGCAGCGUCCAGGGAUCCGGCCCCGGAGGCGAGGCGGGCCUUCGAGCUGAGCGUCCUGCAGGAGCACCCUCCGCAGAGGCCCCAGGAGAAGGAGGACGCCGGCGACAAAGUGGCGCGGUACCUGGCGGAGGUGGAGAAGCAGGACCAGUACCUCCAGGAGAAGCACAAGUACAGGUACCACAUCAUUCCAGACGGCAACUGUCUGUACCGGGCCGUGUCCAAGGCCCUGUACGGGGACCAGGCCCGGCACCGGGAGCUCAGGGAGCGCACGGUGCACCACAUCGCCGACCACCUGGACGAGUUCAACCCCAUCAUCGAGGGCGACGCCGGCGAGUUCCUCAUCGGCGCGGCGCAGGACGGCGCCUGGGCCGGGUACCCGGAGCUGCUGGCCAUGAGCCAGAUGCUGGAGGUCAGCGUGCACCUGACCACGGGCGGCAGCCUGGAGAGCCCCACCGUGUCCACCAUGGCGCACCAGCUGGGGGCGGGGGGGGGCGCGCCGCGGCCCGCCGUCUGGCUCAGCUGGCUCAGCAACGGCCACUACGACGUGCUGCUGGACCGGCGCCUGCCCAACCCGGAGUACGAGCGCUGGUGCAGACAGUCGCAGAUGCAGAGGAGGCGGGACGAGGAGCUGGCCAAGUCCAUGGCGGCCUCGCUCUCCAAGAUGUACCUGGAGAAGAGCGGCGCCGUGUAGGAGUGUAGUGGAUAGGAGUUAUGAAUUUUUUUAUACGGGACGUGCAGUGCACAUUCACAAGAGCCUGUUUUGAACGCGUGGGAGCCUGUUCUUGUUGUGCUGAGUGGAAUGCUUGAAUGCGGUUCCUGUACAUAUACUGUAAGCGUGGAAGAGGGUUCCAUUUGUUUUUCUAAGACUUCUGUCUUUCAUUAAUUCUGAGUUUAAAGUCAGAACAUUUGACCAUAAUCCUCUUCCAUAUUGCGAGAGUGUUUGACUCUAUUUAUUUGCCCUUUCUUGGCAGACCAGUUAUUUUUCUAUAAUGUUUGUGCUUUUAACCGUUGCCAGAUACUAUCAGUUACAGAGACUCAGUUUGCUGAUGUCGCUUUUGCAUAAAAGUCCUGUCAAGUCCUGAGUUUGAUUUGUGUCUGUGAGAACAGUUCGUACAGCGGCGUUCCUGUUAUUCCAGUUGUUUGGGGGGAUUUGGGGAGAUUAAAAAGUGUUAUGAAGGAG